AUGACUUCCUUAGAUCAACCGCCAUCGGAACAGCAACCAGAGAAAAAAUUAUGGUACCGCUCAUCCCUCUUCCAUGCCUUUGUAAUAGGCGCAGUAGGAUUUCUGGCCCCGGGAAUGUGGAAUGCGAUGUCGUCUCUAGGUGCUGGAGGUGCUGAAUCGCCGUUUUUGGUUAAUGCUGCUAACGCAUUGGUUUUUGGUUUGAUGGGAAUAUCUUGUGUACUAGGAGGACCAAUUGCGAAUCGGAUAGGAUUGAAGUAUACAUUGACGCUUGGAGCAGUGGGGUAUCCAGUCUAUUCGGCUGGUUUAUAUGCGAACAAUCGAUACGGAACUGUUUGGCUGGUUCUCGUUGGAGCUGUCACUUGUGGAAUUUCGAUUGUUCUGGGCUUCAGAGGGAGCAGUUGCUUGGGAUAUCCGGAACCGGCGAAAAGAGGAAAAUAUAUGAAUAUUUGGUUGUGGUUUCGUACAGGAGGACCGCUUGUUGGUGGUGCUAUUGUUUUGGGUCUUAAUCAUGCGAGCAACCAAAAGAAAAAGGGAAAGGUUGGGUAUGCUGUAUACAUUAUCUUCAUCACCCUUCAAUGUCUAGCUGCUUUCAUAGCUCUUGCACUCUCCCCUCCAGACAAGGCCCAAAGAUCUGAUGGAUCGAAAAUCAAGAUUGUGCAUGAAAAGUCUUUCAAAGCGGAAAUCAGAGCGCUCAUUAAAACAUGUGCAAGACGCGAUAUUCUACUACUAUUACUUGUCUUUUGGGCUGCAUACUUCAAUCAAUACUCUGGAAAUUAUGAGGUUUAUUACUUCGGAGUUCGUGCUAGAGCUUUGAUUGGUUUCGUCGGCAAUUUCGCCAACCUGUUCGCAUCCCAAAUCAUGAGUACGCUACUUGAUUACAAGAAAAUCUCAGUCAAGCAACGUCUUAAUAUUGGUUUCUACUACGUAAUUUUCUGGCAUAUCGUAGCUUGGACGUACGCCUGGGUUGUCAAUGAGAAAUUCGGUGCCGAACAACCUGAUCUCGAUUGGACCGAUGGAGAAUUUACUAAGGGGUUUUUUGUCAUCUUGUUAUGGUCUUUCUCACAACAAUCACUACAGAAUUGGCUAUACUAUUUCGUAUCCACCGAAACGGAUAAAAUUUCAGAAUUAUCACGCUUUACAGGAAUUCUUCGUGGUCAAGAAAGUUUCGCUCAAGCUGUGUCUUUCGGUAUUAACACAAGGGAUUGGUAUAGAGGUCGUGUUCCAAUGGUUGUAAAUACUAUCUUACUUGUAAUUUGUCUGCCAACAACUUAUCUCGCCCUCCGCGAACAUGUUCCAGUUGAAACACCCAAAGAUUACGGAUCCGAGCCAGCUAAACCAUCUGAGCCUGGUCUAGAACCAGGAUAUGAAACUACUCACUCAGAUGAUAAAUAG